AUGGCUUGUUUCAGGCCACCGUAUUGGCUUACACUGCUCACGAUUCUCGUUUCACUGACAUGGUCACCAGCUAUAGCAGACGAGAAAGACCCCGCAAGGCUAAUAAAGUUUAAAUCUUCUCUCUCUAACGUCGGGGAACUGAGCAACUGGAACGAUACUGUUCCACCAUGCGAUGGUUUGAAAGAAAACUGGAAAGGAGUGAUCUGUGACAAAAAUGGAAAUGUGUUUGGGUUAUUACUUGAGAACAUGGGCUUAUCAGGGACGAUAGAUACGGACACAUUGGCUGAGAUAACAUGUAUCCGAACGUUAAGUUUCAUUAAUAAUAGCUUUGAGGGCUCAAUCCCUAACGUGGGUAAAAUUGGCGCGUUGCAUGGGGUUUUCCUCUCGUAUAACAAGUUUUCUGGGGAGAUAGGAGGUGACGCUUUUUCGGGAAUGAGUGAGUUGAGGAAAGUUGAAAUGGGGAAUAAUGGCACGGGUAAAAUUCCAAUAUCUCUUACACAGUUGCCAAUCCUUGUGGAUUUGCAGCUUCAGAACAACGCGUUUGAGGGAGAGAUACCAGAUUUUGAGCAGAAAGAUCUGAUAGUGAACUUUGCAAACAAUAAACUUGAUGGUUCAAUACCUAAUGGGCUCAACAACCAGGAUCCAAAGUCAUUUGCAGGUAAGUCAAAAUAUUCUUGA